AUGAAAGUCUUCGUGCUAGCCGUAGCCAGCUAUGCGAUUUCCGUGUUGGCCCAAGAUAUCGAUGCGCUAUCAUCUUUAAUCAAAGAAGUUACAGUCACUUCUGAUGACUCAGGAUUCCCGUCGCUAUUUCCAUCAGAGACAGUCCAGCUCACAGACGAUGUCAUUGCUGCUAUUUCUCGUGAGCUCCAAGACAACAGCACCGCCAGCCUGUUUAUGUUUGGCUCAGACGCCCUAUCAACGGCUAACAGUACUGCCAAGUCCCACUGCAAGCCACUACCAGGCGAUUCCUCCUGGCCCAGUCCGUCGGAGUGGAACACUUUUAACUCUCUUCUCGGUGGAAGUUUGAUUAAAGCAAGCCCUGCAGCAGCUGCAUGCUACGGUCUAGAAUACUCUGCCGAAAAAUGCGCGUCGAUUAUAAGCGACUGGGAUACCGAAGGGUUUCAGACGUCGGACCCAACUUCCGUCAUGGACCCUCUAUACGUAGGACGUUCUUGUAUGCCACCGGGGCUUAAUUACACGAAUACUUGUGAUAUGGGGGCGUAUCCGACUUACGUUGUGAACGUAAGUAGUGUGGCGCAAAUUCAACUUGCCGUAAACUUUGCACGAAAUAAAGGGCUACGAUUUGUGGUCAAGAAUACCGGCCAUGAUUUGAUAGGCAAAGCCUCUGGUAAAGGUGCCUUGUCUGUCUGGACGCACUGGCUAAAAGACAAGGCAUACUACCCUAAUUUUGUGUCUAAAGACUAUACUGGACCAGCUAUCAAGUUCGGUGCCGGAGUCCAAGUUCGGGAAGCUUACGAGUAUGCUAAGUCCGUCCAGGCCACUGUCCUUGGUGGUGAAUCUCAAUCUGUCGGUUUAGCGGGCUGGAGUAUGGGAGGCGGUCAUUCUCCUCUAAGCAGCCUCUACGGCCUGGGAGCAGAUCAGAUAGUCUCCAUAGAGGUUGUACUGGCAAAUGGACAAUUCAUAACGGCGAAUGCGGAGCAGAAUUCAGAUGUCUUUUGGAUGCUUCGAGGUGGUGGAGGUAGCACGAUUGGCGUAAUGACGUCUUUGACGAUGAAAGCAUAUCCUCAACUGCCGGCUACAACUGUCACGUUCAAUUUCACGGCUGUAGAUGGCCCAGCUCUCGACGCAUUUUGGACCGGAAUUGAAUCAUACGUGAAUAACAUGCAAGCUUUUGUUGAUGCAGGGACAUAUGGUUACUAUGCCCUUGCAAUUCUCGAAGACUCCGCCGGCAAUGAGCGUCACGAGUUCCAAAUGCGACCAUUCUUUGCGCCCAACAUGACUAUCGCCGAGACAAAAACGCUUCUCUCUCCCUGGUUCGAUGUGCUUGACAUGCUGAACAUAUCCUAUAAUCCGGUGUAUACUUACAAGGACAACUUUUACGAUGCAUGGUAUAUUGGUUUCCCUGAGGAGACUGUGGGGUCCGAUACUACCAUGAUCUCUUCUCGGCUCAUGCCCCGAUACGUCUUCGAGAAUGACACAUCUCGAAACCAGUUGUUCAAAGACGGUUUCAAAAACGCCGUUGAUAAUGGGAUUCUCGUCAUAGGAUUGCAACUUAGUGGUAAAGGAAUCGCAGUCGAUCCUCCUACAGAUACUGCAGUUCUUCCAGCAUGGCGCAACACCACCACACAUCUCCAAUUCGUGGGGAGAUUCUCAGCAACUGCAGACUGGGCUAUCAUUCAGAACCAAACAUUGUUCGUUACGAACUACACAAGCGUCUUGCGAACUCUGGCGCCUGACUCUGGUUGCUAUCUAAGCGAGGCCGAUUUCUUAGAACCCAAUUUGCAAGACGCAUUUUACGGCGUAAACUAUCCGCAGCUUUAUGAGCUUAAAAAGACAUACGAUCCUACAAGUCUUUUUUUUGCGCUUACUGCGGUUGGUUCGGAGGAUUGGGAGGUUCAGGUUGAAGACCCGUUACCUUAUUCGUGGAAUAACAAUGGGCGGUUGUGUCGGAAGACGACCUAG